ACCACGUGAUUAACUCUGUCAUGGCUGCGCCCGCGUGUCAUGCGUGGUUGUCAUUUGUUACAAUAUUUUGACAUUUAAAAAAACCAAACAAAGUUAGUCAAGGUAGUACGUUUUUACUUAUAGCUGUUGUAUUGGUGUUUAUGGUUUAGCAAGCUAGUUGUUUCUGAUAUUAUUACGAGCAUUCUAUACAGUAUAACGUUAGUUGGAGUGGCUCGGCACCUAGCUGCUAGCUAACUUCACACAUACGCUUUUAACUACUCAGUUUGAGGGAGCCAAGUCAACAUAUUGUCGUAACUCGGUAUUUAUUUGUAGUAAAAUGAAGACAAAGAAGAUGAAGCCCAGAAACAAGCGUCUGUCCUCCGGACUGCAAAAGCCAGCCAAACGGAGCAUCCAUGUGAAAGGCAAAUGGGAAGCUGUGGAGCUUGAUCCCACUCUCUUUUCCGAGGAGGGCUUGGAGGGUCUAGUGUGUUUUGAAGAGCUGAAAGAUUACCGUCUGAUAGACUCUGAGAAGGCUGCAGCUAAAGCAGCAAAUGAACUGAAAAGGGAGAAGAAGAAAACGAAGAAAAGAAAAGCCAGCGAGGGAGAGGAGGCUGGAGAGAAGGUAGAUAUCGAGAGCAAAGAGGGAGCGCAAACAGCUGAGCCAGCCAAGAAAAAAGCCAAAAAUAAGAAGAAAAAUAACAAACCGACUGCAAAGGAAUCGGACCAACCAGAUAACACUUCUGUAGAAGUGACACAGAAGGAUGUAGUUGCAGCUGAGGAGGCAGGGGGAAAUAAAACACCUAAAGAAGACGCUUCAAAAGAUACAGCAAUUAUUUCAGAACCCGAUGCCCAAUCAAAACCCACAAAGAAGAGCAAGAAAAAGAAGAAAAAGAUCAAGCAGCAGAUAAAAAAGGAUGAAAUCCCAGAAACACAGCCAAACCAGGAGUCUCCAUCAGAACUUCAGGCUCUGGAAAAAGAAAAAUCCACUCAAGAUAAAUUGAUAAAGGCCCCCCAAAACAAAAAGCUGAUGAAGAAUUGGACAAAUGCAGCACAUUCUGGCUCUUAUGACAAAAAUGCUGAUGUUAGUGCAUGGAAGGACCUGUUUGUUCCCUCCCCUGUGCUGAAGGCACUGAGCAGUCUUGGAUUUAGCUCACCGAGCCCUAUACAAGCCCUGGCUUUGCCUCCAGCUAUCAGGGAUCGUAUGGAUGUACUGGGAGCAGCUGAGACAGGAAGUGGGAAGACAUUGGCUUUUGGUAUUCCCAUGAUCCACGCCAUCCUUGAGUGGAAGAACGGUUCAGAAAAACCUGUUGAUGACAACACUGAGCUAACCACAAAGGUGGAGAGUUUGUAUUUACCAGCUGUAGAUGAGUCCACAAGAGAAGACAAAGAGGACACCAUGGAGGCUGAGGGAGACGAGGGUGAAAGCAUCACAGAGCAGGAUCAAGGUGACACAGAUGAACAUGACAGCAAUGAUGAACAUGAUGACGUUGAAGAAAAAGAUGAGGAUGAGAGGCUAGGGUGUGUUCACGUAAUCAAAAAUGCAGAGUUUGACUUUGACCCCGCCGCUGAAGAAGAACCUGCAGGUGGUCGGAGUCAGCCUCUGCUUGGACUGGUGCUGACUCCCACCAGGGAGCUGGCUGUUCAGGUCAAGCACCAUAUUGAUGCUGUAGCAAAAUUUACAGACAUCAAAACAGCGAUACUCGUGGGUGGAAUGGCACAACAGAAACAAAGAAGGAUGCUAAACCGAAGACCAGAGAUCGUUAUUGCCACUCCAGGUCGUCUGUGGGACUUGAUCCAGGAGAGGCAUCCACAUCUGCUGAAUUUAAGACAGCUCAGGUGCCUGGUCAUUGAUGAAGCAGAUCGCAUGGUGGAGAGAGGCCACUUUGCAGAGCUGGAGAGUCUGCUGGAGAUGCUGAACACCGUGCACUUUAAUCCCAAGAGGCAAACUUUUGUGUUCUCUGCCACACUGACCAUGGAUCACAGCCUGCCCACCCGCCUCCUGCAGAAGAAGAAGAAGAAUCUGGACCAGAGGAACAAGCUGGACGUUCUCAUGGAGAAAGUGGGGAUCAAGUCCAAGCCCAAAAUCAUUGACCUGACCCGGAAGGAGGCAACUGUGCAGACCCUGACUGAGACCCGAAUCCAUUGUCAGAAGGAGGAGAAGGACUUCUACCUUUAUUACUUUUUGCUCCAGUUUCCUGGCCGCACCAUGGUGUUUGCCAACAGUAUAGACUGUAUCAAGAGACUGAACUCCCUGCUGGUUAUCUUGGACUGUACUCCACUGCCUCUUCAUGCCAACAUGCACCAGAAACAACGCCUCAAAAACCUGGAAAGGUUUGCUGAGAGGGACAGCUGUGUUCUACUGACCACUGAUGUAGCAGCUAGAGGACUGGAUAUCCCCAAUGUUGAGCAUGUUAUUCACUACCAGGUUCCUAGGACAUCUGAGACUUACGUCCACCGGAGUGGCAGAACAGCGAGAGCCACCAAAGAGGGUCUCAGCUUGCUGAUAAUAGGUCCAGACGACAUGAUGAACUUCAAAAAAAUCUACAAGUCUCUUGGGAAGGACGAGGAGCUUCCCAUGUUCCCCAUUGAGAUCAAAUGCAUGGAAGCCAUCAAGGAGCGGGUGAACUUGGCAAGAAGGAUAGAGAAGAUUGAGUUCCACAACGGCAGGGAAAAGCAGCACAACUCCUGGUUCAGACAAGCAGCAGAGGCCCUGGAGGUGGACCUGGAUGAUGAUCUUUUAAUUGGCAGAGCCGGGGAUGAGGAAGGGGACAGAGAGCAGCAGAAGAUGGUGAAGGGGAUGAAAAAGCAUUUGAAGCAUCUGAUCUCCCAGCCUGUAUUUAAGAAUUUGAUAAAGACCAGGUACCCCACUCAAAUGGGAAAGCUCUCCCUGCCUCACAUGCCUCUAGCUGGGAGAGAAAGUGCCCUCACCAAGGUUUCAAUACAGGAGAAGAAACGGAAGUCACCACAGCAGAAAAAGCAGAAGAAAGAACAGCAGCAGCAGCAGUGAUAUGUUAAUGGAAUGUGUAUUUAGAGACCAUCUUUGACAGGAUUUAAGUAAUUGUUGAUUUAUGUAAUUGUUUUUACAUAAUUCAUUUAAAUACUUAUUGCACAAUGUGCAAAAAAAAAUGUAUUUGCAAAUGUUGUUGAAUUGCUGUACACUGCAAGACUUUAU